UGGCUAAAAUAGUCAUUACAUUUUUGACUAUUUUGAAAAAAUUAUAAGUUUAACACAGUAUAGUGCCGGAUGCUGGCGCUGGCCUGCCUGGACAUGAUCUCCGAGCUGGAGGCGGUGAGCACGCUGUGCGACUUCGUGGCGAUGCGGGGCUACCUCAAGCACAUGCUGGACAGCCUGGGCAAGUCGAGCGAGGCGCUGUGCGGCAUCCUGCAGCCGGUGCCGGACCAUCUGCGUCCGCUGUACGUGUACGAGUCGCGGAUGGCCUUCCUCACGCGCAUGGCGAACACGGGCGUGGGCGCCCGCCUCCUGCUCGCCGAGCGGGCAUUGGGCGUGCUGUCCAACAUGCGCGUCUACGACCUGCAGCCCGACCUCAAGGCCAGCGAACUGAAGCGCAACGAGCCGCCAACCUUUCUGCCGGCCAUCGACGAGCGUUUCCGUGCCAUCCUGCUGCCGGCACUGGCCCUCUGCGAUGCCAUUGUCAACUCGCUGGGGUCGCGCAACAAUUCGGCUGCUUUGCAGGUGCUCAACUUCCUGUUCGCCCACAUCGACAUGGUGGAGGCGAUGCUGCGCACGGCCACACCGUUCAUGGACCUGGGCCACCUGCAGCAGCUGGCCGCCAUCACCAAUCUGUUUGCCCGCACCAAUACGCACGAGGUGACCGCUCUGGAGGACAGCCUCGAUGUGGAGAACGACCUGGAGCUGCGCAACCGAUUGGGACGCCUGCAGCAGCUGAUGAUCGUCGUCUUUGGCCGCUUCUCCGUCAGCGAGGCCACCAUUCGGCGCAUGCUGCAGCAGGACCAGGAGCAGGAUCACCACCAUCACCAUCACCAUCACCAUCACCAGCAGAAGCAUCAGCAGCUGCAACAGCAGGAGGGCAACGAUCUGGCCGGAGGCGAGGGCUCCAAAACGCUGCGCAUCAAGUUCUUCCUGGACAUCGCCGCCAACCUGUCGCUCUACUGCCGCAACGCGGUCACCAGCCACGUGAAGGACAGCAUGACCUCCAAGUUCUUGCUCACGACCAUGAUCAACGACGUGACGCCGCUGUCUGGCAAAAUGGACAGCAAGAAGCUGACGGCCGUCAUGCACACCAUCCUCAACCAGCUGAAGGGCUCCAUCGGCUAUUACCUCUCGCAGAAGUCCAUUGCCGACAAUCUGCUGCAGCAGCGCGCCUCCCUGCCGAACAUCAGCUUUGGUCCCAAUGGCAAGCAAAGCUAUCUGGACUUGAGCCAGCGGCACAACGAGAAGCGCAGCGAACUGAUGCAGGCCGUCUUCAUUGCCGAGCAGAAUCUGUACUUGCUGUGGAUCCACCUGGACUUCUACCUGCGCAACGCCGUUGUCUAUGCCAACGAGAACCGCAACGCCAUCAACGAGAGUCUCCUGGACAACGGCAACGGCAAUGUGUCCGUGCUGAAUGCCUCGCAGGACGAGAUCCUGCAGCUCAAGCAGCUGCUCAUCUCCACCUUCAACGAGACCUUCUGCACGCAGCUAAUCACGGCCAGCGAGGACUACGCGACCAAGUGCAGGGGCUUCAACGCCUCGCUGCUGCGCCGCAUCAAGGCGCUCGUCCAGUUCGCCCCGGUCACUGCCAAUGGCGACAAUUCCACGUUCAUCUCGUAGGCCCGAAUCGAACGCCAUUUCCCCCCCCUGCCGGCUCGUCUUGGUCCUUCGGUACGGAUAUCCGCCGCUAAGUUGCGCCUCGCAAUCGGUAGGGCGAUGCUGCCCUCCCGGUGUCUGAUAAACCAUCGACUGAGCCACGUAUUUAGUUUUAUAUUUCAAUAAAAAGUGUUGAUUUUCUCAAGCGAAA